CCCAUCAUCACAUGCCAACAUCGAACCCCUCUCCCCUAUUGACCGAGAAACGGACGUCUGGCGCAGACGCCCAAUAGGAACCUCCGCAGUUCCUGUUGAUCACAAGCUGCAGGCAGCCCAAAGCAGGAGAAAGCCCUAGCAGUCUGGGUGCCUAAGCACUCAACGAGUCAUGUCCGCUCGCUCUCCAUGUCUGUUCCGCCCCCGCCGGCCCCCCUUCUCUUUCGUCGGCGUCAGCAUUCUCCCAGCUCGUCCACCUUCGAAGAUGGAGGGAACAAGCGACAACCAGGUCACCAACGAGUUCCUGUCCCAAUUUUUACCGCGGUGUUGCCCCCAGCAUAAUGCAGCGGCGGAGCCAUUGGGCUUUGCACCCAAUGGGCCAAACGGGCGCGGGACUGAUGGCAAUGCCGGCAUGAGCGAAGACGUCGCCAAUCUCACGGAUCUGCUUGAGCUCACGGAUCUGCUUGAGCUUAGGGAUCUGCUUGGGCGAACCCCCAUCCUGGUGCGAGUACUCAACGAUGGUCAACUACGGGUGCUGUUCGAACGGUUGGCGUGCAUCAUCAGUCAGUGCAUCCCCGGCACCGAGGCGCACUCCCGUCUCGGCCAGAUACCUGCCUCGUCAGCUCUACAACAGCACGCCGACUCCCGGCCGGACCGACCCGGUUCCUCCCCGCAGCCAUCCGAGCUCAGCUCCCCGGCUCCCCUUCGUCCACGCCCUCUGGCCGAGGUUAAGGCCCCAAAGGACCACUGGUUAGGGGUCGUAACCGAGUCAAACCCAAAGGAUAUCUUGUCGUUCGCUGCUCGCUCGAUAGGUGUGCGCGUGGACGAACUCGGAUUCAGCGAAACAAGGAGCUCGAAAACAGCGGUUGUCCGCUUGAAGAGGUUUGGUGACAUGGUCGUCCUUCACGACCUUACCGCCCCAUGCCGAGACUGAAAAACCAUUGACGGCUUACGCCUUGAGCGAAUUUGUCCCGGUUUAAGGAAAAAAAGCAGCUCCAGGCGAGUGAGCCGGAGGCUAACGGUACGUUGCCGGCUUAGA